AUGCAAGCUCAUACAGUCCAUGUCGUCUCAAAAGUCGACCCAAUCAAGUACAUCCUCUCAAGACCAGUGUUGUUAGGAAGACUAGCUAAAUGGGCUGUACACAUCAAACAGUACGAUAUAAUGUUCGUACCACAAAAGUCUGUCAAAGGACAAGCCAUCGCUGAUUUCUUUGCCGACCAUCCAGUACCACCUGAAUGGGAGAUGUCCGUUGAUUUGCCUGGAGAAGAUGUGUUUAACAUCGAAAUACUACCACCAUGGGAAAUGUAUUUUGACGAGGCUCCUCGUCAAGACGGCGCAGGAGCAGGGGUAGUCUUUGUGUCGCUAGAAAAGCACGUUUUACCUUACUCAUUUAUGCUAACUCAGUUGUGCUCAAACAACAUGGCUGAGUACCAAGCUCUUAUUAUGGGUCUUCAAAUGGCGGUUGAAAUGGAAAUUCAAGAUCUUGAUGUUUAUGGAGAUUCGCAACUCGUUAUAAGUCAACUUUUAGGCGAAUACGAAGUCAAUAAAGAGGAUUUAAUUACUUAUCACAAACAUGCAUUAAGAUUGCUUGACAAGUUUGACAUUGUCAAGCUAAGCCAUGUUCUAAGGAGUGCCAACAAGAUGGCUGACGCGCUUGCUGGUCUUGCAGCCACUUUGGAACUAGGGGCAGAGGAAACCAUGUAUGUGCCUGUUUGCAAUCGUUGGGUAGUUGCACCUGAAGAAUAUCAAGUUGAAGAUGACGAGGUCAAGGAGGUUGACAUGAUCACUAUCUGCCAAAUUGACAAAGAAGACUGGCGUCAACCAAUCAUCGACUAUUUGGAUCACCAAAAGCUGCCUAAUGAUCCACGACAUCGAAUAGAAAUUCGCCGUUGA